AUGAACGAUCACACACGGGGGAACGGCCUUUCAAAUGUAAGACUUGUGGCCGGGCAUACGCUAGGAGACGGGGACAAUGAUGCAGAAAAAAGCACUCAAGCUGAUGCGUUGCUGGAACGGACCAGCCUGUCACUAGACGGUUCUCCAGAAAGGUCUGAAGGGCUCGAUGGAGUAGGCAGAAGAUUGCCAUCUGAUGAGCUUUCCUCGUCACCACAGAACACACCACCCGAAUGUCCGACUCCGGAGCAUCUUAUUGUGCAGGACAUCGCCAACAAUGAUUGGAAUGUUGUUGACUAUGGUGGCCAUAUGUCGGGACCCUCCAACCAAUGUCCCCAGGAGCUACCUGAGACCGUCGAGCACUCUCGCGCCCUGGAAAUGCAGAUGGCGGAUGACCAGAUUUUGCCGCAGUCACCAGCAAUUUUCAGCCCUCGGGGGGCGCUCAACCCCUUCGAUGCGCAUUUAGAUUGGUCUCUUGGUCCUACACAAAUAUUCGCUGCCAGUGGAACACCUAAUACAAUACCUCCUACCAUGGACUUUAGCACUGUUUUGCUGGAUGGGUUUCCUUUGUCGCCACCAACGCCUCGAGGACAGCAUGCCUCUAAUUCUCCGAAAGACGGGAUUUCAAAUGAGCAGUUUGAACAGGUGCGGCGCUCAUGGCCCACGCGGCGUCGGGCUGUGACGUUUUCACCGUCCCCUGUGUCCUGGGAUGACAUUCUGCUCCAUCCGGAAGCCAAUAUCUUCUCGUCGAUUUCAUUGAAAGCAUUGGCAGAUCUUGAGCCCAUAGCAGUGAGGGAAUCAUCAUGGGGAUUUACUGAGUUCCGCCGGAACAGUUUAGUCCAACUGAUGGCUCGUUAUGCACUAGUUACGGCGAAUGAUAUCGAAGGAGCCUCUCCAGCCUCUCUUUCGCCAUGGAACGGCGAACCACCACCCACUGAUAUUCUUGACUUGUGUCUUGAUCUAUACUUUGGUCAAUUUCAUGUCAAUCUGCCUUUCAUUCAUCCAGGAACAUUCGACGCAUCUUUAACCCCUGAAAUUCUUCUUUUUCCUAUGUGCCUGGUUGGUAUGAUGAUUCUCAACAGAAGCGUAGCUCGUCAGUUGAUUGCGGACUUCUUGCCAGUGAGUUAUAUUGUCCACCUAACCCAAGAAGGUUGA